UGAAUCAAUUAGUAGUCAAUACGCAGAGAAUAGAAUAUACCCUUUUUUUCAUAUCCCAAUGGUAAAAUAUUUAUUUGUAACGUCUGAAUUUUGCUUUUUACAGUAACAAAACAGCACAUCCAAAUUACACUCCCCCCACGGUGACAAUCAAUUCGCCGAUCACCAAUGGCGGGACGAAACCACAACACCCCAGCCGCCGGCUUAAAGCACCGCCACAACAACCACCGCCCUCGCAACGACGGCGUCGUCCACCCCCACCGCCGCCUCACCGCGACGGAGGUCCGUCUGAUCGAGGACCGAAUCGCCGCGCAGAGCCGCGAAAUCGAAACCCUCCUCCUCGACAACCAGCGGCUGGCCACCAGCUACGUGGCUCUCAAGCAGGAUUUGGUCGCCGCCGAACAGGAGCUCCGUCACAUCUCCGCCACGGCCGCCUCCGUCAAGGCCGAGAGGGACGCUCAGGUGCGCGAGGUCUACGAGCGGUCUCUUAGAUUGGAGGACGAGGCCCGCUCCGUCGAUGGGAUUUCCGCCGAAUUGGAACGGGUUCGGGCCGACAUUAAUGCACUCCGGUCCGAGCGCAAGGAACUGUUGGAGAAGCUGAAGGAUAUCGACGGCGAUGUUGUCACGGCUCGUGCGGAGUUGCAGCAGCUGCCUGAUCUCAAGAGUGAAAUUGAGGCGGCGCAAAUAGAAAUCCAACGAGGAAGGGCUGCGAUUGAACACGAAAGAAAGAUGUCAUCCAACAACUUUGAACAAAGUGAGGCAAUGGAGAAGCUUAUGAUUUCUUUGGCUCGUGAAGCAGAAAAACUGCGUUCUGAACUUGCAAAUGCAGAGCAGAGGGCAAUGGCAGCUGCCGCAGCGGCAGCCUCAGCUGCCAAUCCAGGGGCCGUGUAUGCUACACACCAGAUAAACUACGAUCCUGGCUAUGGUGGAAAUCCAUUGUAUAAUCCACAUGCUGUUAAUCAGGUUACUUUUGAUGCCGGUGCUAAUUAUGGUCUCGGAGCAGGGAUUCCUGGUCCUCCUCCUCCUCCUCCUCUUCCUCCUCCUCCGCCCCCUCCUCCUGGUACAUAUGACAUGCAAGGACCGCAAGUACAUAGUUAAGCUGCUAGUUUACAAUGGCUGCAUAUAAGUCAAAUGUAGUUUGUCUUAUCCGUUAAAUUUCAUUAAAGCGUAAUUUACUAGAAAUUUACUAGACAAGCAUACAGAAUCGUAAGAGGCUUGGCUUUAACAACGUAUCAUCCGGAUUCCAUUCUAAAAAAUCGAAACUUCACUAUGAUGGCGAGUUAACUAUGUCAAUUGUCUUCAUCAGUAAGUACAUAGUACACUGUAUCUGAACUUCUCUUACCAGUCAGUAUAUGUCUAGAAACUUGCUCGAGUCGGCUUUUAUUUUUUAUUUUUUUUUAUUUUUGGAACUUUUA